AUGGCCAUACAAACCGAAAAGUUCUUUAAUGAAUUCUUUUUGACGGUGAAAGACGCUCUGCGUAACGGGUACGAUGAGGGAUGCGGCGGCUCCUGGGGACCCGAGGAGAAACAGCUCUCUGCAAAACUUACUGCGGUCAAAGAGCAAACAACAUCGACACGCGCAGCGCGAUGGAGUCGCUGCGGGAGCUGGCGGGCGCGGCGCACGUGUUCCUGCGGCAGGCGGGGCCGCGCGCCGCGCCGCUGCUGGCGCCGCCGCGCGCUACGUCACCGACGUGCUGCACGUCUUCGGCGCCGUCGAGGGCCCGCGCGGCGGCAUCGGCUUCCCCGUCGCCGACGCGGACGGCGUCUGCCUGGAGGCGGCGGUGCUGCCGUACCUGCAGGCGCUGGGCGAGUUCCGCGCGGCGGUGAGCGCGGCGGCGCGGGCGGCGCGGCGGCGGACGUGCUGGCGCUGUGCGACGCGCUGCGGGACCGCGUGCUGCCCGACCUCGGCGUCAGGCUCGAGGACAAGGCAGAUCGCACCGUCGUGAAGUUGGUCAGUAAAGAAGAAUUGGCGAAAGAAAGAGAAGAAAAGAAACGCUUAGAAGCGGAGAAACAAAAGAAGAAACAAGAGUUGUUAGAGGCCCAGCGAGCUAAAGAAGAACAAAAGAAAAUACCACCCAGCGAAAUGUUCAAGAAGGAAACUGAUAAAUACUCGCAAUUCGAUGACAAGGGUUUACCAACACACGAUCACGAAGGCAAAAGAACUUUUAGCAAAGGGUUUAAUAAAAAACUGCAGAAAUUGCAACAAGCUCAAGAAAAAAUACAAUGA